AUGGCGGACCAAAAUAUCUCGCAGUAUAAAUACUCGGCGAUGUCCAACCUGGUUCUCCAGGCGGACCGUCGUUUCAUCAGCCGCGUCAACGAUGAACCCACCGGAGACCCGGAGUCUCUCGCUGGUCGCAUUGGGAUCCGAGAGAUGGGCUCGCGUGUCGCGCUGGACGAUGCGCCGAAGUCGAAGAAGAAACCAGUUGCACCUGCAGACCUUGAGCGAGGUGCAAUCCGGGAAGGUGAAGAUGUGCUUUUGCGGGAACAGAAAAAACGCCAGCGCGGCCAACCGGCUCAACUACGGGGCCAGGGCAUUCUUUCCGCCGCCGAUGCUGUGGUCGAAGGCCUGAAAUAUCGUCCCCGAACACCUGCUACGCGAGUCACCUACGAUCUCAUCCUCACAAUCACCGGAAGCCACCUGGGCGAUGUCCCGCACGAAGUCGUUCGAAGUGCCGCCGAUGCCGUGCUGGAAUUGUUGAAGGACGAAGAAAUGAAGGACUUUGAUAAAAAGAAAGAGAUUGACGAUCUUCUUGGGAGUUCGAUGAACCCGAAAGAGUUCAACGAACUUGUGAACCUGGGCAAAAAAAUUACGGAUUACGAUGCCCAGGACGAGGAAGAAGAAAUAGAAGACGGGAUGAAAGAAGCAGACGCUGAGCUCGACGAGCGCCAAGGUGUCGCCGUUGUCUUCGAUGAUGAAGAUGAAGAUGAGGAGCGCAUGGGAACCGUGGACGAAGUUCGAGACGAGGACGAUCUCACCGAUGACGAAGAACCGGACGAACAAGCUCAACCCGAAACCGAGGAGGCCGAGGGCGAAGAAAUGGUUAUCGACGGUGGCCUUGACCGGGAUGGCGUAACGCAACACAAGGCGGGCUUGAAUGUUCCUGCCCGCGAGAUUGACGCCUACUGGCUGCAACGUCAAAUUGGGGCAUUGUAUACAGAUGCCCACAUCCAACACGAAAAGGCUCGCAAUGCACUUGAGAUUCUUGGCCAAUCCGAAGACGGUGCGGAGCGACCUCUGCGUGACGUUGAAAACGACCUGAUGGAGCUUUUCGAUUACGACCAUCCCGAUCUUGUUGCAAAAUUGGUCACCAACCGUGACAAGGUUGUUUGGGUGACACGCUGGAGGCGAGUUGCGGAAGACGCCGAUGCGCGAAACCUCGUGGAAAGUGAGAUGGUGGAGGCUGGGCAUCGCGCGGUCCUAGACGAGCUUCGGGGAAAGACAGUCCGUGACGAACAAGCGGCACGCCCUGAAAAGAAAAUCAAGCUUGAUUUGAUGGAUGUCGAUGUCCCGUCGGCACCAGCAGAGGAAAAGCCCGCCGAAGGUGGCUUGGUUGGCGGCCUGCAACCCCAAAGAUUGAUCAACUUGGAGAAUCUCGUCUUCCACCAAGGAAACCACCUCAUGACGAACCCCAACGUAAAAUUGCCGCAAGGGUCGACAAAACGCACAUUCAAAGGAUAUGAAGAAAUCCAUGUACCACCGCCCAAAGCCAAGAGAGACCCGGGAGAGAAGAACAUCCCAACGACCGAGCUCCCUGAAUGGGCGCGGGUUGGGUUUGGCAGCUCCAAGGAACUCAACAGGGUGCAGACCAAGUGCUUUCCUUCCGCUUUCCAUGAUGACGGCAACAUUCUCGUCUGCGCUCCUACAGGUUCCGGAAAGACCAAUGUCGCUAUGCUCACCAUCCUUCGCGAAAUUGGCAAAAACCGCAACCCGGAAACCGGCGAGAUCAUGUUGGAUGACUUUAAGAUCGUCUAUAUUUCUCCGCUGAAAGCUCUGGUGCAAGAGCAGGUUGGAAACCUUGGCAAACGCCUCGAGCCCUACGGCGUUCGAGUGGCCGAGCUUACAGGUGACCGACAACUCACCAAGCAGCAAAUCGCGGAUACUCAGAUCAUCGUCACGACCCCUGAGAAAUACGAUGUUAUCACGCGAAAGGCGUCUGAAACCAGUUACACCAAGCUUGUCCGACUUGUCAUCAUUGAUGAGAUUCACCUCCUUCACGACGAGCGUGGCCCCGUCAUUGAGAGUAUUGUGAGCAGGACCAUUCGUCGAGUCGAGCAAACUGGAGACCCUGUCCGCAUUUUGGGUCUCAGCGCUACCCUUCCGAACUACCGUGACGUGGGAAGCUUCUUGCGGGUUGAUCCUGACAAGGGUCUGUUCCAUUUCGACGGAUCUUACAGACCUUGCCCAUUAAAACAGGAAUUCAUUGGCGUGACGGACAAGAAGGCAAUCAAGCAGCUGAAGACAAUGAACGAUAUCUGUUACAACAAGGUCUUGGAACAGGUCGGCCAGCGUCGGAAUCAGAUGCUUAUCUUUGUCCAUUCCAGAAAAGAAACCGCUAAGACAGCCAAGUAUAUCCGGGACAAAGCACUUGAGAUGGAAACAAUCGGACAGAUCUUGCGCAGUGAUGCUGCCAGUCGCGCGAUUUUGUCCGAGGAGGCAGACUCGGUGGACGAUGCUUCUCUAAAGGACUUGCUCCCGUAUGGCCUCGGUAUUCACCAUGCUGGUUUGAGUCUCGCGGACCGUGAUUCCGUUCAGGCACUUUUCGCCGAUGGCAGCAUCCAAGUUUUGGUUUGCACCGCGACCUUGGCUUGGGGUGUAAACCUUCCUGCACACACCGUUAUCAUCAAGGGAACCCAGGUCUAUUCUCCUGAGAAGGGUAGCUGGGUCGAGCUGAGCCCUCAAGAUGUUCUCCAAAUGCUUGGAAGAGCAGGCCGACCUCAGUAUGAUACCUUUGGCGAGGGUAUUAUCAUCACCUCGCAGUCCGAGAUUCAAUACUACCUCUCUCUCAUGAACCAGCAACUGCCCAUUGAAUCCCAAUUGGUGAGCAAGUUGGCGGACAACAUGAAUGCAGAGAUUGUGCUCGGCAAUGUUCGCAGCCGCGACGAAGGCGUAGAGUGGCUUGGCUACACCUACUUAUACGUUCGGAUGCUUCGCUCGCCGGGCUUGUACAGUGUCGGCGCGGAUUAUGAAAACGAUGACGCUUUGGAUCAGAAGCGAGUUGACCUCAUUCAUUCCGCUGCCGUCAUCCUUGAGCGGGCUGGUCUUCUUAAGUAUGAGAAGAAGACCGGACGACUGCAACCAACCGAACUUGGACGCAUUUCUUCCCAUUACUACAUUGGCCACAACUCGAUGCUGACCUACGCCCAACAUAUCCAGCCGUCCAUCACGACGAUCGAGCUCUUCCGGAUCUUUGCUCUGAGCGAUGAAUUUAAAUACAUCCCUGUUCGGCAAGAUGAGAAAUUGGAGUUGGGCAAGCUUCUGGGUCGCGUCCCAAUUCCCGUCAAGGAGACCAUUGACGAACCCCAUGCGAAAAUCAACGUCUUGCUCCAGGCUUAUAUCUCUCGUCUUAAGCUGGAGGGUCUUGCUUUGAUGGCAGACAUGGUUUAUGUCACCCAGUCUGCGGGGCGUAUCAUUCGGGCAAUCUUCGAGAUUUGUUUGAAGAAGGGCUGGUCUUCCGUCGCCAAGACUGCGCUUGACCUCUGCAAAAUGGCUGAAAAGCGUAUGUGGCCGACCAUGUCUCCCCUUCGCCAGUUCCCCAACUGCCCUAGAGAUAUCCUCCAAAAGGCUGAGCGGAUCGACGUCCCCUGGGCGAGCUAUUUUGACUUGGACCCCCCUCGCAUCGGUGAACUUCUUGGCAUGCCCAAAGCUGGGCGCGUCGUGUGCGAUUUGGUCUCCAAAUUCCCCCGGCUUGAGGUUCAGGCUCAAGUGCAACCCAUCACGCGGUCCAUGCUGCGGGUGGAACUUACCAUCACACCCAACUUUGUCUGGGAUGAGGUUGUGCACGGUACCGCGCAAGACUUCUGGAUCUUGGUUGAAGACUGUGAUGGUGAGGAGAUAUUAUUCCAUGACCGCUUCCUGCUGCGGGGUGACUAUGCUCAGGCCGAAAUGAAUGAGCACCUUGUCGAGUUUACCGUCCCAAUCACGGAGCCGAUGCCUCCCAACUAUUUCAUCUCCCUGGUUUCAGACCGCUGGAUGCACUCUGAAACAAAGAUCGCUGUGUCAUUCCAGAAGCUCGUACUUCCUGAGCGUUUCCCGCCGCAUACGCCCUUGCUUGACAUGCAGCGUGCGCCAGUCAAAGCUCUGAAGAGCGAGGAGUAUCAGCGACUCUAUCCUAACUGGGAGAACUUCAACAAGAUUCAAACCCAAGUCUUCAAGUCGCUCUUUGACACCGAUGACAACGUCUUCAUUGGCUCCCCAACGGGAAGCGGCAAGACUGUCUGCGCUGAAUUGGCGUUGCUCCGCCACUGGUCCUCAAAGAACAGCGGCCGUGCUGUCUACCUUGCCCCCUUCCAGGAGUUGGUUGACCAGCGACUGGCAGACUGGGAGAAGCGACUUGGCAAUCUCUCCGGUGGCAAGACCAUUGUCAAGCUUACGGGUGAGACUACUGCAGACUUGAAGCUUCUCGAGCGGGCUGAUCUCGUCCUCGCCACUCCCAGCCAAUGGGAUGUUCUGUCUCGUCAGUGGCAGAGGCGCAAGAAUGUCCAGACGGUUCAGUUGUUCAUUGCUGACGAGCUUCACCUGCUCGGUGGCUUUGGAGGAUAUGUUUAUGAAGUGGUUGUGUCUCGCAUGCACUAUGUUGCUCUGCAGACUGAGAACGAAAUGCGCAUUGUCGGCUUGAGUGUGCCUCUUUCUAACGCCCGCGACAUCGGAGAAUGGAUCGGCGCCAACAAGCAUACGAUCUACAACUUCAGCCCACAUGCUCGCCCCGUGCCUUUGGAGCUUCACCUGCAGUCUUUCACCAUUCCUCAUUUCCCCUCCCUCAUGCUCGCAAUGGCCAGGCCAGCAUACCAGUCGAUCCUGCAGCUUUCCCCUGAUAAGCCUGCUCUGAUCUUCGUUCCAAGUCGCAAACAAACCCGUUCCACGGCCAUGGAUCUUUUGUCAGCAUGUGCCAUGGACGAUGACGAGGAUCGUUUCUUGAACGCGGAUGUUAAUGAGCUCGCACCACUGCUUAGUCGGGUCCAGGAACAGACCUUGGCCACAUCGCUGACCCACGGAAUCGGCUACUAUCAUGAAGCCUUGACACCCACUGACAAGCGUAUUGUGUCGCAUCUAUUCAGUAUCGGUGCAAUCCAGGUGUUGUUGGCCUCGCGAGAUGUUUGCUGGGAGCUGGACCUCACCGCUCAUCUCGUGAUCAUCAUGAACACACAAUUCUUCGAGGGCCGUGAGCACCGCUACAUCGACUAUCCCAUCAGCGAGAUCCUGCAGAUGUUUGGCAAGGCCUCUCGCCCGGGUCAGGAUAAGAGCGGCCGAGGUGUAUUGAUGGUUCCCGCCGUUAAACGCGACUACUACAAGAAAUUCCUUAAUGAAGCGCUGCCGGUUGAGAGCCACCUGCAGAUUUAUCUGCAUGAUGCCUUUGUCACCGAGGCCAGCACGAGGACGCUCGCUUCGACCCAGGAUGCAGUCGACUGGAUGACCUACACCUACUUCUACCGCCGUCUUCUGGCAAACCCCAGUUUUUACGGCCUCAGCGACGUGAGCCAUGAGGGGCUCAGUACGUUCCUCUCGGAGCUGGUUGAGAAUACUUUGAAGGAGUUGUCUGAGGCCAAGAUCAUCGACUUGGACGAGGAAGAUGACAGCGUCUCGCCGCUGAAUGCUGCCAUGAUCGGUGCUUAUUACAACAUUUCCUUCAUCACCAUGCAGACAUUCCUGCUUUCUCUCUCAGCCCGGACGAAGCUGAAGGGCAUUUUGGAGAUUGUCACAUCGGCGACCGAGUUUGAGUCAGUUCAGAUGCGACGCCACGAGGAGCACAUUCUGCGCCGGGUGUAUGAUCGCGUGCCCGUCAAGAUGUCACAGGUUGCAUUUGACUCGCCUCACUUCAAGGCGUUUGUCCUACUCCAGGCACACUUCUCACGCAUGCAACUUCCGCUUGAUUUGGCCAAGGACCAGGAAGAUAUCGUUCGCAAGGUGCUCACCCUGCUCAGUGCAUGUGUCGAUGUCCUCUCUUCAGAGGGCCAUCUCAACGCCAUGAACGCCAUGGAGCUGUCGCAGAUGGUGGUGCAAGCCAUGUGGGAUCGGGACAGCCCGCUCAAGCAGAUUCCCCACUUCUCCCCCGAGGUCAUCCAAGUAGCUCAUGAGUACAAGUAUGUUUCAACGCAUGAUCAUCAACGAAUGAAUGCUAACCCGGGCCUACGCAGGAUCAAUGAUAUCUUUGAGUUCAUGGAAGCUAUGGACCCGUCUGAGAACAAGGAAUACGGAACGCUGGUCAAGCGCCUUGGGCUUAACAACAAGCAGUUGGCGCAGGCAGCAACCUUCACCAACGAAAAGUAUCCCAACAUCGACAUGGACUUCCAAGUCGAAGACCCCGACAACAUUACUUCGGGUGACCCAGCCUACCUGAAGGUCAAGAUCGAGCGGGAAUUUGAGGAAGAUGAAGAGCCGGAUACGACAGUCCAUGCGCCCUUCUAUCCCAACCCCAAGAUGGAGAACUGGUGGCUGGUGGUCGGCGAGGAGAAGACUAAGAAUCUGCUGGCGAUCAAGCGUGUCACGAUCGGCCGCAAGCUCGAGCUGCGGCUUGAAUAUGUGGUGCCCGCGCCCGGGGAGCAUGAGCUGACGCUGUAUUUGAUGAGCGACAGCUACGUGGGUGUGGACCAGGCUCCCACAUUCACCGUGACGGCGGCCGAAGGAAUGGAAGAGGAUGAAAGCGAAGAAGAGGACGAGUAA